UUAGAGGUCAGAAACUGAGACCGACUCCCCGUUUACUGAAUCUGUUUCUCUACGGUUCUGCUGCUGCAUCCCGGGACAAUGUGACCCUGCACGGAUCACCUUCAUUAGCUAGUUGGAAACCGUUACGAAGUUUGGUCGGUCGACGUGCACGGUUGAGCAUUUCAAGAGAAGUGCCCACAUAGCGUCCCCUGCUGCGUUAUAGCUACCCAUUUAAACGGCUGCAGCUUGCCACAGCAGCGGGAGCUCCAUCGAGCCAUGCGACAGUGGUGCCUCCCGGCUGCGGCACCGCGAACCGAACCUCUGCCCACAGGGCGCCUCUCACCCCCGCUAUCAGAUGUCAGGAUGGAGUGUUGUGAGGUGGAGCCACGCUAUACCAUCGAGCAGAUCGACCUCCUCCAGCGUCUCCGUCUCUCAGGGAUGACCAAGCCACAGAUCAUCCAGGCUUUGGCGUCCCUAGAGCGGCUAGAUCCCGACCAGCGCCCCCCGUACUGCAAUGACACACACACCGCCAACCCCAUAACCAACACUACCCCUACCACAGCCUCUGCCCCAGCCCCCUCCUCCUCUUCCUCCUCCUCUUCCUCCCUCUCCCUGGCCUCCGUCACCACGCAGACACCCGGGCUGGAUGGCGCCUCCAUGUCGCCUAGCAACAGCUACGAAACCUCGCCCCCGCCGCUGUACCCCCCGGCAGUCGGAGUUCAGAGGUCAUUCAGCUAUGACAUCAUGGCGGAGGAKGACUGGGACCUGGAGGAGAAGGURGAGGAGUACAUGAGGGCUGAGGUGGAGUGAAAACCAGCAUGGCCCGGCGGGUCUGGGCCUGGGGCUCAGUGGUCUCGGCCAGGGGCUGGGCCAAAACCUGGGCUCUGGACCCAGGGCAGCCAGGGGAGGGGACAGAGACGGGACGGGCAACGCCGCUACGGGCGCCACGGGCGCCACGGCCACUACAGCCGCGACCUCCUCCACCACCUGGGGCAGACAGAGAGAGCUGCUGAUGCACCUGUUGCCAUGGUACACUGCAGCCGCCACACAGCCAGGUGCUACCCUGUCGAUGCGCUCCCUGGUGAAGGAGGAGCCUGAUUGGAGGACGGGGCUCAGCCCCGGGGAGAGGGGCGGGGUGGUGGGCGGUCCUCUGAGGCUGCGGAGGGGAAGCAGGUUCACCUGGAGGAAGGAGUGCCAGUCAAUCAUGGAGAGUUUCUUCGUGGAGAACCAGUACCCUGACGAGGCGAAGAGAGAGGAGAUCGCUAAUGCCUGCAACUCAGUCAUUCAGAAACCUGGAGGCAAGCUGUCUGAGUUUGAGCGUGUCACGGCUCUGAAGGUGUACAACUGGUUCGCCAACCGCCGGAAGGAGAUGAAGAGACGGGCUAAUAUAG